UCGGCGUGGGCGGGGUCGGGCGCGGGGGCGGGCAGAGGCUUAAAUAGGCGGCUCUGGCGCCCGGACCCAGUGCGGGCUGAGAAGCCAGCCUUUGGCGGCGUUGAGUGUCUGAGCUUGGGUGUGCGAGCGGAUUGCAUCCGAUCCCUUGACCCAGUGUGUCUCUGCGUGCGAGUGGACGGCGCGAUGACUCUGAACGGCGGCAGUGGAGCUGGCGGGAACCGCGGCGGGGCCCGGGAGCGUGAGCGCCGUCGGGGCAGCACACCCUGGGGCCCCGCGCCCCCGCUGCACCGCCGCAGCAUGCCGGUGGACGAGCGCGACCUGCAGGCGGCGCUGGCGCCUGGUGCUCUGGCAGCGGCAGGGACCCGGACCGGGCCCCAGGGACCCAGGUUGGACUGGCCGGAGGGCUCCUCUGACUCGCUCAGCUCUGGGGGCAGCGACUCAGACGAGAGCGUUUACAAGGUGCUGCUGCUGGGGGCGCCAGGGGUGGGCAAGAGCGCUCUGGCACGCAUCUUCGGUGGCGUGGAGGAUGGGCCUGAAGUGGAGACUGCAGGGCACACCUAUGAUCGCUCUAUCACGGUGGAUGGAGAGGAGACAUCCCUUAUGGUCUAUGAUAUUUGGGAGCAGGAUGGGGGACACUGGCUACCUGGUCACUGCAUGGCUAUGGGAGAUGCAUACGUCAUCGUGUACUCAGUGACAGACAAGGGCAGCUUUGAGAAAGCCUCAGAACUGAGGAUCCAGCUGCGGCGAGCACGGCAGACAGAUGAUGUGCCCAUUAUCCUAGUGGGCAACAAGAGUGACCUGGUGCGCUCACGUGAGGUCUCCGUGGAUGAGGGCCGGGCCUGUGCUGUGGUCUUUGACUGCAAGUUUAUUGAGACGUCAGCUGCUCUGCACCACAAUGUCCAGGCACUGUUUGAAGGAGUCGUGCGCCAGAUACGUCUGCGCAGGGACAGCAAAGAGGCCAAUGCCCGUCGGCAGGCAGGCACCCAGCGGCGAGAAAGCCUUGGCAAGAAGGCAAAGCGCUUCCUGGGUCGCAUUGUAGCCCGAAACAGCCGCAAGAUGGCCUUUCGGGCCAAGUCCAAGUCCUGCCACGACCUCUCAGUGCUCUAGGCCCCAAGGCCACUCACUACAUUGUGCAAACAGAAGGGCAGAUUGGUGGGCAGGACCGGCCAACUGCCCCAGGUGCCUCGAAACUGGCUCAGACUCUGAGCACAACCACUUCAUGGUCAUGGACAUACAGACAGUACCACCCAGGGAUGUGACUCCCACUGGAUUUUGAAGGCUGGGGCCACAGAGCUGCAUGUGUGGGCCUGUGUAUGUCCUGGGCAGGAGCCUGAGCCUAGCCUGUGUGGCAGGUUUGUGUGUGGGAAGAGGAUUCCGUUUUUCCUUCUGCCUGGGUUGUGUGUGUCCUGGAGGGAGGCUGUUCGGUGCAGUGGCUACUUGUUUACAUGCAGAUUUUUGUAAUAAAGGCUAUUUCCUGAUA